AAUCUGGCAACCCGGGAACUCACUCACUCACUCACUCACGGAAGGAAGCCUCGCAGUCGGGUUGUGAAAUCUUCAGUUCUGCCCAAACGCCGCUGUUACAUCGAGGGGAUUUGUGAGCUUUGUAGGUCCUGCGGCUCCAUCUGCGCCACACAGAGACGCUUCCCGAUGCGAUGAGCGCGGCUGUGAGUGGGAUCUGGUGGGUGCGCUAGCGCCGCGCUGAAGAUCUGGCUGCGUCCAGCUGACAGUCCAGCGGGUGGGAGCAUGUCGGGCGUCUCUGGUCUCUGUGUACAGUGAGAUCUGACAGCGGCCAGCGUUGCCUCAUGUCGGUCCUCUGCUGCUUAAUAGAGUCAGAUAUCGGCACGAGUCCUAGUUAGGCAGCUUAAACAGCCAAAGCAGCAUGUUUCAGAAGACCUCCUUCACCACCCUCAUAGUGGGGGUCUUCAUCGUCUACGUCCUCCACACCUGCUGGGUCAUGUAUGGUAUAGUUUACACUAAACCCUGCGAAUACCCCAGAAGCGACAAGUGCAUCAGCCCUUACCUGGCUUCAAAUCCUCCACUGCAGCUGAGCAUCUACACUGCGCUGCGACCCAACGGUGAAGGUGGCCACAGUCUCAUCCACAGAGAGGAGGCUUUCGAUGUGCACACCAGGUUUGAGAGGUUGAUAAACGUGUCUUUGCCCAAGAAGACACGGAAAAAUGGAACACUGUACGCCAUGGUGUUCGUGCACCAGCCAGGAAUGUCGCCAUGGCAGGAUCCUCGGCAGGUGCAUUUGGUGACACAGCUCACCACUUACAUGCUGCCCAAACCUCCAGAGGUCAGCUUGAUCACAGGCGAGGAUGAGCCUCAGCAACAGCAGAACCCAAACAUGGGUGCUGAUGACAAGCUGGACCGUCCUGUGUCCCACUGGCGCUCCCGUCUGACGCUAAACGUUGUGGCUGAGAACUUCCACUUUGACAGAGAGGCCCUGCCUAGUGACGUGCAUCGCUACAUGAAAGUAUUUCAGAGUGGUAGGAAAAUGGUGUACCUGCCGCUGCUGUUCAUCGAUCAGCUGAGUAACAGAGUGAAGGAUUUAGUGGAGAUCAACAGCAGCACGACAGAAUUGCCCCUCACCAUCUCCUACGACACCAUAGCUCUGGGCAAGCUGCGCUUCUGGAUCCACAUGCAGGACGCUGUCUAUUCCCUCCAGCAGUUUGGCUUUACUGAAAAAGACGCAGAUGAAAUCAAGGGCAUAUUUGUGGACACCAAUCUGUACUUUCUAGCCCUUACCUUCUUUGUUGCUGCCUUUCAUCUCUUGUUUGACUUCUUGGCAUUUAAAAAUGAUAUCAGCUUUUGGAAGCAGAAGAAGAGCAUGGUGGGAAUGUCCAGCAAAGCAGUGCUGUGGAGGUGUUUCAGCACCAUAGUGAUUUUCCUGUACCUGCUGGAUGAACAGACUAGCCUGCUGGUGCUCAUCCCUGCUGGAAUAGGAUCUCUGAUUGAGGUGUGGAAAGUGAAGAAGGCUUUCAAGAUCUACUUUAUGUGGAAGGGAGGGAAGCCAACAUUCCUAUUUGGCAAGUCUGAUGAAUCGGAGAAGAGGACAGAGGAAUAUGAUAGUUUGGCGAUGAAGUACCUGUCAUACCUGCUGUAUCCACUGUGUGUGGGUGGAGCAGUUUAUGCACUUGUGUUUGUGAAGUACAAAAGUUGGUACUCCUGGCUGAUCAACAGCUUAGUCAACGGAGUCUAUGCUUUUGGAUUUCUCUUCAUGCUACCUCAACUCUUUGUGAACUACAAGUUAAAAUCAGUGGCUCAUCUGCCCUGGAAGGCCUUUAUGUAUAAAGCAUUCAACACAUUCAUUGAUGACGUCUUUGCCUUCAUCAUCACCAUGCCAACCUCUCAUCGGCUGGCCUGCUUUAGGGAUGAUGCCGUGUUCCUCAUUUACCUUUAUCAGAGAUGGCUCUAUCCUGUUGACAAGACCAGAGUGAAUGAAUACGGCGUGUCCUAUGAUGAGGACCCGAAAAAGAAGAUCCACAAAGAUUAAGCUCAUAACAGCGGAGCGUUUCCAGAAUCAGCCUGAAGAAGAUGCACACAAACACAAAGGAAAGGACAGUCCAGUGUGUGCGCAGAGGCCUCGGCAUAUUGUGUGAUAGGACAUUUUCCAUCUGCUGUCCUUUAUGGAUUAUGACCAACUUCUGUCUCUUACAUCUGCUUAAAGCAUGUGUACCUUUAUGUUACAUGUCUGGACCAAUUUAUUUCACCGUCCUAACUUGGUGAUGAAAUGUUCCACUGGGGUACUGUACGAGCUGGGCUGAUAAGACACGCUCAGUUUGCUUGUUAGUGCUUGUGCACUUGUGACACGAGUGUGCGAUGUAAGAUCCCUGAUUCUACUGUUUUUUAAAAUCACGAUAAGCUCAGUUUAAAGACAGAAGUAUUUUUGCCAGGUACUCGCUGAAUAUAUCUUUCUUAAAUAGUGUUUUUUGGAAUAAAACCCAUCACGUUGGUGCCAAAUGAACUGAAGCUGGAGUUUCUGAUGGUUGGUUGUUAAAAAAAAAACUGAUAAAUUGAAAGAACUGAUUGAUGUUUGUUUAUUGGGUGAGAAUGGCUUGUAUGUACGUCUGUGUACUUUAUUCCACUGAAGUGUUUAAAGGGACUCAAAUGGCGAUUUGUGAAGUCCGUGCGUUGAUCUAUGCGGUGGAUUUUAUUACCUGCUUAAAAUUGCAACUGUUAGCGCUUUUCCAAAUUUCUUGAAAUUAUGCGUCACUGAUUGGACUAUCUGCAGAAAACAAAUGGUGGUAACUAAACGGUCAGUGAUUGUGGGAGCGUCUCUAUUGUGCUGUCAUUACCAUUUUAGAAGAAUGUGCUGAAAUCGUAAUGGACACCUGUUAUGGCACUUAGAGUCCUGGUGUUGUGGUUAUCUGAGAUGGGAAAAUAUAAAAUAUUAUGCAAGUUUGUAAUGUACUAUUAAUCUGGCCUGUUGGGACCAUCUGCUGAACACCAUGUACUGUAUGGCUCGUGGCUGGAGAUGUGCUUCUACAGCUACAUUAAAAUGGUAAAUUAAUAAAAGCUUCUAUGGAAUCCUG